CUCUUCCUCCACUUUCUUCUUCUACAAGAAGAAGAAGAAGUUAAGCAAUUCUUAGGAAAUUAAGUGCAUUCAAGAAUGAUGCCGAGCAGCGGGGGGCAGUUAGCCGUGCCGCCCGGGUUCCGGUUUCACCCUACAGACGAAGAGCUGCUGCAUUAUUACCUGAGAAAGAAGGUAGCUUAUGAAGCCAUCGACCUUGACGUUAUAAGGGAGGUGGACGUUAACAAAUUGGAGCCAUGGGAUCUUAAAGAUAAGUGUAGGAUCGGAUCCGGUCCUCAGAACGACUGGUACUUCUUUAGCCACAAGGACAAGAAGUACCCGACCGGGACUAGGACAAACCGGGCGACGACGGCAGGGUUUUGGAAGGCGACGGGGAGGGACAAGGCGAUCUUCCAUGGCAACAACUCGAGGAGGAUAGGAAUGAGGAAAACCCUAGUGUUCUACACCGGGAGAGCCCCCCAUGGCCACAAGACUGAUUGGAUUAUGCAUGAGUAUCGCCUAGAUGAUGAAACCUUGAUCAGUUGUCAUGGUCAGGAAGAUGGAUGGGUUGUGUGCAGGGUGUUCAAGAAGAAGACCUACCAAGCAGGAAUUGCACCACCAGAUCGAGCCUGCAUCCUUGAAGAAGAAGAAGAAGAAGAACAAGCUCAACAAUACUUGAACUCGAUCACAAGUAUGGGCUCUCAGAACAACAGCGUUCCGCUCUUCCAGCAGAUCCCCUGCACCGACCACAGUACUAACAGUUUUUCCCUCCGUCCAUCCUCCAUCCACCUCCCUCGGCUCCUAAGCACAGAGGCCGUCGUCACGGCUUCCGGUCAUGUACCACCGCUGGUCCUACCUCCUCCACCUCCACUUCCUCCUCCACCUGAGAGGCUCACUGCGGAUUGGUCCAUCCUCGACAAGCUUCUGGCUUCUCAUAGAAACCUAGAUCAGCUCUUCAAAUGCAGCAAUAAUUCUCCUUCUCAACUCACCGACAUCGCGGCUUCUUCGGCUGUCUAUAGGAGCCCACUGAGCUAUCUCGGAUGGGAUGCUGAACUUCUGAAACACUCAGACUGAUGAGAGUUGCCACUGCAAUCACCAAGGUGUGGGGUUGGCUAGAUUCUAUCAAUCGAUCGCAAUUAUGUUUUAAGUAGAUGUUUGUGUCUGAACAAGAUAGCUUAAGUAUAUAGUUUUAAGUAAUUGUAUAUAGACUUGGUAAGUCA